ACGUAUUCCAGAGCAGGAGAAAGCGAAGCACGCCAUCCAAUCCAACCAACCACAGCGCCGCCGCCGCCGCCGCCGGAUUCGAAGCGAGUCGCGACGCAUCCGCUUCUCUCGUGGCCGCACCCCGAUCGGCCCGCUCCGCUGGUAGGCGGCGCAGGUACCAAUGGAGUAAUGCGAAUUUGCUGCUGCUAGUCCUCUCCUCGCCAUCAUCACCCACCGCCCCCUGCCCCCCUCCACUCCAUUCCACUCCACCCCUCCCCUGCCCGCCCCGUGAACAGGGGGGAGAGUGAGUGAGUGAGAGAGAGAGAGAGAGAGAGAGAGAGAGAGAGAGAGAGAGAUCGCAGCGGGAAGCGAUCGGAGGCGGCGGAGGAUUUUCACCCACUUCUUCAAUUCAAAUGGAACACAGCUCCUCAGAAGAUUCAGACAUUAGCGAUUCGGAUAUUGUUGAACACAGGGAGAAGACCUACGCCCAACUGCGAGCCGGAAAAUUGAAGGUGAAGCAUGGUGAGAAUGCCUUUCGUUGCCCCUUCUGCCCUGGUAAGAAGAAGCAGGACUACAACCUGAAGGAUCUACUGCAGCAUGCCACGGGAAUAGGAGCUGCUCCUAAGCGUAGUGCCAAGGUAAAGGCAACACACCUAGGACUUGCUAUGUUCUUAGAGAAGGAUAUAGCCAGCUCGUUGGAGAAACCAUUGCAAAUUGUGGCCAACAAGCCUAAAACUCCAAACAGUGAAGAAGAGGUUUUUGUAUGGCCAUGGAUGGGCAUCGUGGUUAACUUACAAUAUGAGUUGAAGGGCGAAGAAUAUUCGAGGGAAUGUGAAGAAAGGCUAAGAGCACAGCUCUCGCGGUUCAGACCGCUCCAAGUCGCAAUUCUUGGGGGUGACAAUGACCAAACAUUUUGUGCCAUUGUCAAGUUUGCCAAGGACUGGAGUGGAUUGAAGGAUGCAUUGGCUUUCGAAAAGCAUUUCGUAGUCGAGCAGCAUGGUAAGACAGAUUGGAACAAAAUAAAUUGCAGAAAGGACGAUCUUUAUGGAUGGCUUGCAAGAUCAGAUGACUAUAACUCUCCUGGGACAAUUGGGGGGCAUCUAAGAGAAAAUGGAGAUCUUAGAAGUGUUGGUGACCUGGAACGUGAGGGGCUGCAAGAAACUGGCAAGCGUGUAGCUCAUUAUGCUCGCCAAAUUGAGGUAAGAAACAAACAUAUGAGAGAAUUGGAGAUGAAGAACAAUCAAAAUGCCAUGAAACUUGAUAGGAUGAUGGAAGAGAAAGAUCGAUUGGUUGAAGAGCACAAUGAAAAGAUAAGAAAGAUGCAGAAAGCUGCUUGUCAAAAUUCUAGGAAAAUAAUUGAUGAAAAUAUUAGAUUGUAUGGAGAACUAGAGUCCAGGAAAAAGGAAAUUGACAGGAAAUGUGAGCAACUUGAAAUGUUUGCCACAAAAAGCAAUACUGACAGAGAAAAGCUUGAUGCGGCAAAAGAAAAGAAUGCAAAGGAGAACAGGCUUCUUAAUUUAGCAACCCUAAAGCAGAACGAAGAAUAUGAGAAGCUGUUGCGGCUUGUCAAGAAACAAGAGCAUGAGAAAGAAGAUACUUUGAAGAAACUAUAUAAUUUAGAAAUGCAGUUGGCUUCCAAACAAAAACUUGAACUGGAAAUAGAACAGUUGAGGGGGGAGUUAGAGGUAAUGAAGCAUAUGGGAGAUGCUGAUACAAGUUUGAAGGAGAAGCUCGAUGAGUUGCGUGAAACACUGGAAAAUAAAGAUGAAGAAAUGGAGGCUAUCGAUUCUCUUAACCAGACCCUUAUUAUCAAAGAACGAAGAACCAAUGAUGAACUGGAAGAAGCCAAGAAAGCACUGAUGACUAGCUUGCCGAAAACGUCAGGAGCUCGAUCCCUUAUUGGUGUCAGAAGAAUGGGUGAGCUUGACCAGAAAGCUUUCCUUGAUGCUUGCAAAGAGAAAACAGCAGAAGAUGAUGAAGAGAAGUUGGCACUUCUGUGCUCAAAAUGGGAAGAUGAGAUCAGGCAACCUGAAUGGCAUCCUUUCAAAGUUAUCCAAGUCGAUGGAGAGGCAAAGGAAAUAAUCAAGGAGGAUGAUGAUAAGCUGCAAGCUUUGAAGGCUGAACUGGGUGAGAAGGCACACAAUGUUGUUGUGAAGGCCCUACAUGAGAUCAACGAGUACAAUCCCAGCGGUAGGUACCCCUUGCCCGAGCUGUGGAACUUCAAGGACGACCAGAAAGCGCCAAUGGGUGAGGUAGCAGCAUACAUAGUGAAGCGGUGGAAGACAUACAAGAGGAAGCACACCUACUCCACCUGAUGAUGGAGGAGGCCUGGAGGGGCCUUGCUAUACCAUGUGGAACCAUUGAUGUAUUCCUGUCUCUGAGCUCUUAGCUGAAACAGUGUAAUGUACUAAAUUCCUUCCAUCUCUUGGGACGAUUAGCUAGUAUCGCCAGGCAAACAUUCUGGGCCUAUCUGGUACCUUGAUUCUACUCUAAAGCAUGAACCCCUCGCUGAGAUGGUGUCCUGUUCUUAUUCGUACUAUUACCUGUGCGUUAGAAUGCAAACAUACGAUGAUUUAGAUCUUA